AUGACUGAGCUUUACCCUUCAUUGGCGCAGUGUGCCAUCGCUGCAGGUGCCCUCAAGGUACUGCUCUUGCCGGCAUACAAAUCGACCGACUUCGAGGUUCACCGCAAUUGGCUCGCCAUCACCCAUUCGCUUCCAAUUAAAGAGUGGUACUAUGAGAAAUCCUCCGAAUGGACACUCGAUUACCCCCCGUUCUUUGCGGCCUUUGAAUGGCUGCUGUCGCAAGCUGCUGCAUACUGUGACCCUGCUAUGCUUGUUGUCAAGAACCUAGGCUAUGACUCUUGGCAGACAAUAUACUUCCAAAGGGCUACAGUCAUUGUGACCGAGCUGGUCCUGGUCUACGCAUUGAGCCGGUUUAUUAAAUCAGUUCCUCUUCCAAACAAACAAGCAGCGCAUGUGGCUAGCCUCUCUAUCCUUCUCUCACCAGGUCUUUUUAUCAUCGACCAUAUCCACUUUCAAUACAAUGGGUUUCUCUACGGGAUCCUCGUCCUGUCUAUCGUUCUAGCACGCAAGAAAUCGACUCUUCUCUACAGCGGUAUCCUCUUCGCCAUUAUUUUGUGUCUGAAACACAUAUAUCUCUACCUUUCCCUCGCCUACUUCGUCUUCCUGCUACGAUCUUACUGCCUCGACCCUAAAAACGUUUUUCGACCGCGAUUCGGAAACAUUAUCAAACUUGGAUCUUGUGUCGUCGGUGUUUUCGCAAUCGCAUUUGGUCCUUUUGCUCUAUGGGGCCAGAUGCUUCAAUUAAAGGAUCGCCUAUUUCCUUUCUCGAGAGGGUUGUGUCAUGCUUACUGGGCACCUAACAUCUGGGCAAUCUACUCUUUCGUUGAUCGGGUAUUGAUACCAAUUGCUCCUCGCCUUGGGCUCACCGUGAACCAUGAAGCUCUCAAGAGCGUAACUCGAGGUCUCGUCGGAGACACAGCCUUUGCCGUUCUCCCGGAGGUAACUAGUGGGCAAACCUUCUUGCUAACAUUUGUCUUCCAGCUAGUUCCUCUGAUCAAGCUCUGGUUCCGUCCUGGAAACUGGGAGACCUUUGUAGGAGCGAUCACACUAUGUGGCUAUGCUUCCUUCCUAUUCGGUUGGCACGUUCACGAAAAAGCUAUACUUCUAGUUAUAAUUCCGUUCAGCCUGAUUGCGCUCAAGGACCGUCGCUACUUCAGUGCAUUCCGCCCUCUAGCAGUCGCGGGCCAUGUGUCGCUGUUCCCACUAAUAUUCACAACCGCCGAAUUCCCUCUCAAGACUGCCUACACCAUCCUCUGGCUGAUAUUAUUCCUCUUUGUCUUCGAUCGAGUGGCGCCUGUUCCAGAACGGCCACGCAGGUUUGUGUUUGAUCGCUAUAUCUCCUUGUUGUACCUAGCUGUUUCAAUUCCCCUCAUUGCGUACUGUUCGCUGAUUCAUCAAAUUAUCUUUGGGUUCGAGCGGCUACAGUUCUUGCCCUUAAUGUUUAUGAGCAGCUAUUGUGCAAUUGGCGUAUUGGGAAGCUGGAUUGGGUUUAUGGUGGUUUACUUUUCUGAAUAG